AUGGGCAAAUAUAAUUCCUGUUGGGAGGCCUUGGAUCCUGCCAGGCAAAAUUUCAUCCAAAUCGCAGAAGAAAUCAAAGAACAUCUAGAAAAGCACAGUGACCCUGUCACCAAGCCGGUAACAUGGACGAUGUAUAUGAUCGGUCGAAAAAGGGAAACGGCAGAACCCACGAUAAUGUUUUGCAGCAAGGAGGAGGAUUGCCGAAAGAAAGUGAAAAAGACCGUUGUGGAGAGCAGAAUUUGGACAGAUACCCAGGUUUUCAAGAACAUAACAAGCGCGCCUUUAGACCUUCCAGGCCGUAGCUUUGAGAACAUUGGUCAUAUCUUUAUGAAGUCGCCAGAACUCGACUAUGCUUUGAUUGAAACCAGUAAAACGAGUCUUCAAACCUUCAAUCGGAUUGCUCUAAAGCACCCACUCGUACGAGAAACCUUGUAUCCUGAAAGUAUCGUCAGGACUCUUCCAUUGAACACAAUUGUCUUUGCAGUCACAAGUUCCGCGGGACUGCUUGAGGUUGAGGCUAGAAGCGGCAAUCUCCUCGGUCAUAUUGUAUCUUGCUGUCCCGAAUCUGGCGUCGCAUACAUUGUUCCAGCCUACUUGGUUCUCGAAGACGCCAAGAUUAGAUGUGAUCUAGAGUUAAAGCUGACCACAGCCAGGGAUUCUACUACAGAAGAGGAGUGGCGUCUCAAUACACCUACGCACGGCAGUCACUUGAGCACCAAACACGAUUUGAAUCAUGAUGCGCAUAUUUACUCGGCUACAUUUGCGAGUUCUAGCUCGAAAAAGUGUCCAAAUGAAAGAAAGGGGGAUGGUUCGGCAUCGCUACUUUUCAACACCGAUCUUGAAGGAAACACGGUCAAAAAUGGAAAUUCUAUGCAAAUAUCAUCACCACUAGCUCUAGACGAUCUUACAUUGGACAAUUUUCAAUACAAUAACACACGAGAUUCCCAGGAUGCAAUUUUUGGUUAUAUGCUCAACCACGCAUCCUCACAUAGCAAAGGGAAGAACAGAGAACUGCAACCUGAUCCUUCGAUUAAUGUCUCAAACAACUAUUCUGCCGAGCAACGUGUUUGCUCAAAGCCUGAGGCUGCGGAUAUGUUGUUGAGGUCUGUUCUAGCGGCGUUAAUACAAGGAGAGAAUCUCUCCAAUACAUUUAGACCUGCUCAUUUGACCAACUUCAUUCGAUCUUUCUAUCGCACACACGCAUCUGGUCCAGAAGAGACUCGGGAAUUUAUCGUUUCUAUUUUCCAAUCCAUUCGGAAUCUUCUCUCCGAUACUCGAAUUCAGGAUCGAGAUGACAAGAGUUAUUGUACAUUUGAAGAAGUCGAUAGAGCUUAUUACAAAGAGGGGUGGCGUCUUGAUACACCUACUUCCUCCGAAACUUACGAGUGCUACUGUGGCAAGUUAUUCCCCAAACUAGAAGCUCUAAGAAAACAUUUCAAUACCCACAGCCCUUUUCAAUUCAUCGCAUGCCCAGAGUCCAAUUGUUCACACAUAUCUCUUCGACUCGACAGCAUGAAAAAGCAUCUUGAAGUCCACAGCAUAUAUAUACGACGUCUUCGACCUGACGAGUAA